CCGGAUACCUAUUAUUCAUAUGUUUCUGCUCAGCUUUCAACCUUUUCAAGAGUACCAUAUAGCAUGGCAAUUGAAAGUACUGAUGUUGAUGGCAAUGGAAGUGGUUCAAAGAAGAGGGGAUGUGGUUGCACCAAGCAAGAUUUCUUGCCAGAACAGUCGUUUCAGAGUUGUAAAAGCUAUUUGAAUGCGCUGUUCAACACAAGAUCCAGGCUUAAAGACCGUCUGCUGGCGCGUUCCACGGACCACAUCGAGCUGCACGAGAUACGCGAUCGUAGUAGGCACGAAAUGAAGAAGACCCUGAAUUGGUGGGACAUGAUUUGGUUCGGCAUCGGAGCCGUACUCGGUUCUGGAAUAUUUGUCCUCACAGGUGAAGCUGCUAGGAAUCUUGCAGGUCCUGCUGUUGUGGUUUCUUAUCUUAUUUCAGGUAUUACUGCUCUGCUCUCGGUUCUGUGCUACACUGAAUUCUCGGUCGAAUUGCCUGUUGCCGGUGGCUCGUUUACGUAUCUUAGAGUCGAUCUCGGUGAUUUCGUUGCUUAUAUUGCUGCUGGAAACAUUCUUUUCGAGUAUGUCGUCCCCGGUGCUAGUGUGGCAUGGUCCUGGACUUCGUAUCUAGCUACUCUGUUCAACCAAGAUCCGGAUAGUUUCCGGUUCCAUGUUUCAUCAAUUGCUGAAGGCUACAACGACUUAGACCCUAUUGCAGUUGCUAUUUCACUAAUCAUUUGUAUCGCCGCAUGUCUGAGCACGGAAAUGUCGUCAAAGUUCAAUUCGACCACCACCAGUGUCCAUCUAAUAGUCCUGCUUUUCAUUCUCAUUGCUGGUUUAACCAAGGCUGACCCAAAGCAUUUUUCACCCUUUGCCCCUAAAGGAAUCCAUGGUAUUCUCAAAGCUUCCUCUGUUCUCUUCUUUGCUUACGUCGGGUUCGAUGGUGUGGCGACCCUCGGAGAAGAGGUUAAGAACCCCGGUCGAGAUAUUCCGAUCGGCUUAAUAGGCUCCAUGUCGAUUAUCAUAAUAGUGUAUUGCCUUCUCUCAGCUACUCUGAUUUUCAUGCAACCAUACAACCAGAUUGAUGUGGAUGCACCAUUCACUUUGGCAUUCCAAUCCGUAGGCAUGAAAUGGGCGAACUAUAUUGUUGCAAUAGGUGCAUUGAAGGGCAUGACGACUGUUUUGCUAGCCAACCUGCUCGGUCAAGCUCGGUAUUUCACUCACAUAGGCCGAACUCAUAUGGCGCCACCGUUUCUCGCGGCCAUUAACGAGAAAACCGGAACACCGAUUAUUGCCACAAUCGUCAUGACUAUCUUCAACUUCAUCGUCGGAUUCUUCACGAGCCUCGACGUGUUGGCAAACCUUCUUUCUUUAGCAACAUUGUUCAUUUUCUCACUGGUUGCAUUGGCACUUCUCAAUAGAUGUUACUAUGCCGGAGGCGAGACGACAUGUUCCGACCGAAACAAGCUGAUCGGUUUCUUGGUAUUGAUCGUAGGAUCCUCGAUUGCUACUGCCGUGUAUUGGGCGGUGGGAAAAAAUGGAUGGAUCGGCUUUACUGUGACCAUCCUGAUUUGGUUCCUAGCGACACUCGGGCUAAAAUUGGUGGUGAAGGAAGCAAAGAAACCCAAGCUGUGGGGUGUGCCAUUAAUUCCUUGGAUACCGUCGGCUUCGAUCGCCAUUAACGUGUUCAUCAUGGCUUCGAUCGACGGUGCGUCGUAUAUGAGAUUCGGAACCUGGACAUUGCUCUUGCUGGUCUAUUAUGUGUUCAUCGCACUACAUGCUUCGUAUGACGCAGCUAAGGAAACUGCUGAUACAACAUCAAUGGCUACUGCUACAAACAUUGAGGUUGGAGGAGCAUCACAAGUUGACCAUUGAAAAUAUUAUUAUAAA